CCGGUGGAAACUCCAGUCUUGUGGUUACAAGUUGAAAGCCAGCCCAGUACAGACCAAACAUGUGUGACGACGACGAGACCACCGCCUUGGUGUGUGACAACGGUUCUGGCCUGGUCAAGGCUGGGUUUGCCGGUGAUGAUGCUCCCCGUGCUGUCUUCCCAUCCAUUGUUGGACGUCCUCGUCACCAGGGUGUGAUGGUAGGUAUGGGUCAGAAGGACAGCUAUGUGGGAGACGAGGCCCAGAGCAAGAGGGGUAUCCUGACUCUGAAGUACCCAAUCGAGCACGGCAUCAUCACCAACUGGGACGACAUGGAGAAGAUCUGGCACCACACCUUCUACAACGAGCUCCGUGUGGCCCCAGAGGAGCAUCCCACCCUGCUGACAGAGGCCCCCCUCAAUCCCAAAGCCAACAGAGAAAAGAUGACCCAGAUCAUGUUUGAGACCUUCAACGUCCCAGCAAUGUAUGUGGCCAUUCAGGCUGUGCUGUCCCUCUAUGCCUCCGGCCGUACCACUGGUAUUGUGCUGGACUCUGGUGAUGGUGUGACCCACAAUGUGCCCAUCUAUGAGGGUUAUGCUCUGCCCCACGCCAUCAUGCGACUGGAUCUGGCUGGUCGAGACCUGACUGACUACCUGAUGAAGAUCCUGACUGAGCGUGGUUACUCCUUUGUCACCACUGCUGAGCGUGAGAUUGUGCGUGACAUCAAGGAGAAACUGUGUUACGUGGCUCUGGACUUUGAGAAUGAGAUGGCCACAGCCGCAUCGUCCUCCUCCCUGGAGAAGAGCUAUGAACUGCCUGACGGUCAGGUCAUCACCAUCGGAAACGAGCGUUUCCGUUGCCCCGAGACCUUGUUCCAGCCUUCUUUUAUUGGUAUGGAGUCUGCUGGCAUUCAUGAGACGGCCUACAACAGCAUCAUGAAGUGUGACAUUGAUAUCCGUAAGGACCUGUAUGCCAACAACGUGCUCUCUGGUGGUACCACCAUGUACCCUGGUAUUGCUGAUCGUAUGCAGAAAGAAAUCACUGCCCUGGCUCCCAGCACAAUGAAGAUCAAAAUCAUUGCUCCCCCUGAGAGGAAAUACUCCGUCUGGAUCGGUGGCUCCAUCCUGGCCUCUCUGUCCACCUUCCAGCAGAUGUGGAUCAGCAAGCAGGAGUACGAUGAGGCUGGCCCCUCCAUCGUCCACAGGAAGUGCUUCUAAAUCUUCGGACAUCACCAAAAAUCUCAAAACCAACCACACAAGCUUUCCUUCUAUUUCUGUAUUUGUACUGUUCCUUUUGCUGUAUAUAC